CUCUCUCUGUCAGUGCAUGCUUUACCUUCGUGCAUGACACUUUAUUUCAAUCUCGCGAUAUAUUUCGUUCGCCGCUAUCCGCGUAAAUAAACCAUUUUUUUCACCACUUUUAUUCUAAACUUUAUUCUCUCCGAGAGAAAAACGUACAAUUUAUUUUUCUCUUUAAUUAUUUUUCUAAUAUAAAUUGUAUUACUAUAAUUAAACAUUUUUUUGUAAAAAGAUUAAAUUUUCUGUAUGUCGCAAAUGGAUCGAACACACAUUCGAUAUAAAUAAAAAAAAUGUUUUCUUCCUUUUAAAAUCGUUGAUUUCCAUUUGAAGUGAAGAAACGAACAAAUGUGAUAUAUUGGAUUUGGGUGAUGUUGAAACUGCACUACGUACGUGUCGCAUCUCUUGGACGGACAGAGUUACGGUCGUCGGAUUAUCAAGGGUUGAUGUAGAGAGCUUGCUAUUCGCAUGAUGAAUGCCGAGAAAGUUAAAGUGGGCUGCUUUCAAAUGAUGCUGGUACUGUUGCUUGGAAUAAACUAUGUCAUCGUCGCUAUGAGUCAUGCAUUGUUGAUUUUCCAUAAUUAUACACCAAAAUUUUAUUGUCAGACGACAGACUCGUCGCAUAAAACCUAUGGAUGCCAAGAGACCGCAAAUUUGUCGAUCGUCGCCAAUUCAACUUCCACGUUGUCGAAAGUACCGGUCCUUACGGCUUGUUCCGGCGAAUAUCGCUUCGUGACGGAAUUUGCUGAGAGCAGCGUCGUCACUGAAUGGAGCUUGAUAUGCGAGAGACGAUAUCUGUCCUUCCUCGGGCCGACUGUUUAUUACACCGGAGUUCUCUUGGGUGCGUGGAUCACCGGAUUUCUGACCGAUCGUAUCGGCAGACUUCCGGUCCAAGCGAUAUGUCUUUACGCGCAAGGCACGAUGGCGGUGGCACUCUACAUGGUACAGAGUUAUCCCGCGUUUUUGGCACUACGUGGUCUUCAGGGAGUAUUCGUUCAGGGCUUACAAAACUCCACGUAUAUUCUUUCUAUGGAGCUAUUCCCCGUACGAUUUCGCACCCUCGUCGCACUGAUUAUGCAGAUUUUUUGGUCGAUCGGUCUUAUACUACUCGCAAUGCUCAACUACGUGAUUCCCGAUUGGCGAAUUUUACAACUGGUCGUUUCCGUACCCACCGCAAUCACUGUGUUGUAUAUUUGGGUCAUACCGGAAUCACCGAGAUGGCUGUUAGCUAAAGGGAAAUCGACAGAGGCCGAUAUAGCUUUUGAAAGAAUCACAAAGUAUAACAGCUGCUGCACCAGAUCGCGAACGGAGGAUAUCUUUGUGCAAGAAGCAUGCGUGAAAAGUAACACAACACCGAUAAAACCAGAAAGGAAGUCGCGCGUCACUAGCAUCGAACUAAAGAAAGCGAAGGCCGAUGAAAACCAGCGGGAAGAAGCUACGAGUUUAUUGAACCGCUCAGAACUGACUGAACAAAACGUUAUAGAAAUAACUUCGGAAGCCAAUUCGGUGAACUUGGAAAACAGAUCUUUUAACUUGGAUUUACAGAAAAAGACAUCGAGUUUCAUCAAAAAUUGCGACGAAAAAAAUCGACCUUCUAGUUCGAAAUGCGAUCAAAACUCGAGAACAAUUUCACAAUUAAAUGACCAAAAAGAAGAUCUUCACUUCAAAGAUACGGAGGUAGUAUUGCGUAGAAUAAAGAAGGAAAGAAUGAACGAAAAUGAAGAAAAGACGGAAAAUAAGAAGCGGAAGAACAAGAACUCGAUAUUAAAAAUCAUAUCGGAAUCAUUGAUGUUAAGAAAACACAGCGUUAUAAUGAUUUGUCAAUGGUGGACAUCUGCUAUGGCAUGCGGCAUACUUGAUCUGAUGCCAAAUUUUCCAGUCAAUAGACAUGUCACGUUUGCCUUGGGAGGAGCUCUCGAGAUAGCAACGUACAUAUUUGUAUAUUUUGUAAUAUCUAGAUAUGGUAGACGGGUGCCUAUGUGCAUUUACCAGUCUUUCAAUGGUGCCAUUUGUAUUUUAAUUGCAACUUUUCUCAUUUUAACAACUGUCAUUACACCGUGGUUCGAUCUUGUGAAAACGAUAAUGUUGCUAUUUGGCAAAGUGACUGUCACAAGUACCAUAUCUAUUGCCUACUUAUAUACUAUUGAAACAUUUCCAACAGUGAUACGAGGUAGCUGUCUAGGUUUAUGCGUGGUAUUCGCAAAACUCGGCAGCCUAAGCAUGCCAUAUUUGCUGUUAUUGGAACAACAUGUGCCACUUUCAAUACCGUUAUUGGUUAUUGGCACAUUGUGCCUCAUUGCCGGACUUUUGGCUCUGAUUUUACCGGAGACUCUCGGUAGAAUUCUACCAGAUCGAAUCGCGAGUAUGGAGAAAAUAAUCGGUGACAACAAUUGCAAGAGAAAUAGCGUUAAUAUAGAAAAUGAUACAGAGAAAAGUUUAACAGAUGGACAAAUUCUGAGAGAGAAACUUUUUUCAGAGGACUGGGUGGAUGCUGGCAAUGGAAUUUUGGUGAAUUUUAUGGAAAAUAAAAAUAUCGAAUAAUCUAUUGGAUAAAGCAAUUUUGUAUAAAAAAAAAACUAGUUUAUUUUUAUUGAGUAGAUAUCAUACGCAUAUUAUCUUCUCUCCCUCUCUUUUUCUCUCUCUCUGAUACUACUAACUAUAAGAUAUACAUUGUAUAAGAAUCCAAUAAUCUUGUUGCAUUUAUAUAUAGCAACAGGUAUUUAUUUUAAUUUGAAACAUAAAAAAUUUAUAAAGAGAAGAUUUAGGAUAACGCGGCAGAAAUUCGUGUGUGCCCAUUUUAAAAUAAUGUGACAGAUGAUCUAGAUAAUUUUUAAUGUACAUAUGAUAGAAUUUAAAGAUAGCUUAUGCAAAUAUAACGGAUUGUUUAUA